CCCGUCCCUUCCCGGCGGGGCCGGCCGCGUGUGCGGGCGCCGGGACGGGCCGGAGGGGAAGGGGCGCAGCGGAGAGGUGAGCGUGGCAGGCUAUGGGAUGGAUGAAGCUGAGCAGGACCAGUAUGAAGCUCGUCUCAAGGAGCUCUUUGACAGCUUUGACAGCACAGGCACGGGGUCCCUGGGGCAGGAGGAGCUCACUGACCUCUGCCACAUGCUGCACCUGGAGGAGGUGGCCCCAGCACUGCAGCAGACCCUCCUCCAAGGAAACCUCCUAGGCAGGGUCCACUUUGAUCAGUUUAAAGAAGCACUUAUCCUCAUCUUAUCCAGAACCCUGUCAAAUGAAGAGCACUUCCAAGAACCAGAUUCCUCCCCAGAAGCACAGCCCAAGUACAUCAAAGGUGGCAAACGCUACGGGCGCCGUUCGCUGCCGGAGUUCCAGGAGUCGGUGGAGGACUUUGCCGAGGUGACGGUGAUCGAGCCACUGGGCGAGGAGGCACAUCCCGCACACAUCGCUGCCAGCCAGGAGCACUGGAAGACGCGAGGCAGCGAGGAGUACGAGGCUGAGGGGCAGCUGCGCUUCUGGAACCCGGACGACCUGAACGCCUCCCCUGGUGCCUCACCCAGCCCAGACUGGAUCGAGGAGAAGCUUCAGGAGGUGUGUGAGCACCUGGGGAUCACCAGGGAUGGCCACCUGAACAGGAAGAAGCUGGUCUCCGUCUGUGAGCAGUACGGGCUGCACGCGGCGGCCGGGGAGGUGCUUGAAGAGGUGCUCCAUAACCUGGAGCAAGAUGGGACCAUGAGCAUAGAGGAUUUCUUUUAUGGCCUGUUGAGAAAUGGGAAAUCUCUCACACCUUCAGCAUCUACUCCGUACCGGCAGCUGAAGCGUCACCUCUCCAUGCAGUCCUUCGACGAGAGCGGGAGGCGCACGACCACCCCCUCGGCCAUGCCCAGCACCUUCGGCUUCUCGCUCUUCUCCAGCCUGGACGAUGGGAUGGGCUAUGGCUGCGUGGAGGGGGUGCUGGACUGCUGGCACCAGGAGGGCAUCGAGAACAGCCAGGACAUCCUGAAGGCUCUGGACUUCAGCUUGGAUGGGAAGGUGAACCUGACGGAGCUGACGCUGGCGCUGGAGAACGAGCUCCUCAUCACCAAGAAUGGGGUGCACCAGGCAGCCCUGGCCAGCUUCAAAACGGAGAUCAGGCACUUGAUGGAGAGGUUUGACCAAGUGGCCAGGGAGAAGGAGAAGCUGAGGUCAGACCUGGAGAAAGCAGAGAAGCUGAAAUCCCUGAUGGCCUCGGAAGUGGACGAUCACCACGCCGCCAUCGAGCGCCGCAACGAGUACAACCUCAGGAAGCUGGAUGAGGAGUACAAGGAGCGAAUCGCCGCGCUGAAGAACGAGCUGCGCAGGGAACGGGAGCAAAUCCUGCAGCAGGCCAACAAACAGAGGCUGGAGCUGGAGCAGGAGAUGGAAAAGCUGAAAACAGAUGAGAACUACAUCAGGGACCGCCUGGCCCUGGCCCUGAAGGAAAACAGCCGCCUGGAAAACGAGCUCUUGGAAACAGGAGAAAAACUGGCCGAGUGUGAAAGUCUGGCAGGCAAACUGCAGAGGAACUUGGAAAAUGUCCUGGCUGAGAAGUUUGGUGACCUGGAUCCCACCAGUGCCGAGUUUUUCCUGCAGGAGGAGAGGCUGGCCCAGAUGAGGAGCGAGUAUGAGCAGCAGUGCAGGGAGCUGCAGGAUCAGAUAGAUGAGCUGCACUCAGAGCUGCAGCAGUACCGUGCCCAAGGCAAAGUGCUCAGGCCUUCCUUGAAAAAUUCCGUGUCAGAAGAGUUUGACAUUGUCACAAAGACUCACAGCAACAGCGGGAUUGAGCCUGACCAAGGACUUGGUUCAGAAGACUGCAACCCACUAAAUAUGAGCAUAGAGGCAGAAAUGGCCAUUGAGCAGAUGAAGGAGCAACACCACAGGGAUCUGCAUCACCUCAAACAGGAGCUUGAAGACACAGUGAGCCGCUAUGAAAAGCAGCUGGAUGAGACAAAAGCUCUCUGGGAAAAGGAGCAAGAGGAUAUGAGGCAGAAGUAUGCUGAGGAGAUGGAUGUCAUGGAAAAACAGAUCACUGGCCUUAAAAAUCAAAUAGCAGAGCUGCAGGGAGAGGCAGCAGCGCUCAGAGAGCAGCAGGAAAAGCUCGACUGUAAAUACGACGAGGAGAAAAACAAAUUAAAGAUGCAUUUCGAUGAGGAGAAAGCCAAUCUGCAGGAGCUGUUGAGGCAGGAGCAUGAAGAAGAUGUCAGGGCCAGACUGGAGCAGGUGAAUGAGAAGUUCAGGCAAGAACGGGAGGAGCUGAUCCAGAAGAGUGUCUGGGUGGAGGAGAAGAUGAGAGCUGUGGUGCAGACGCUGCAGGAGGAGAAGGGGGAGCUGGAACGUGGCUUCCACGAGCAGGUGAAGAGGCUGGCAGAGGUGCACGCCCUGGAGAAGGAGGAGCUCCAGGAAGAGCUGCUGAGGAAGCACGAGCAGGAGCUGGAGGAGGAAAGGAAAAAAAUGGCAAGUGACUAUAAGAGAAGAGCAUCUCAUGCACAAACUCAGUUUUCUGUGGACACACAAACACUUGUGAAUAAAUAUGAAGAAACCCUCCAGAGUCUGGAAGGACGUUACCAGCGAGAGCUGCAGGAACUCGCUGAGCAGCAAAGAGAGGAGAAAUCCCAGUGGGAGUUUGAAAGGGAUGAAAUUGCUCAGGAGGUGGCUGAAGCCCACGAGCAGCUGAAGGAAAGCUUGGCAAGUGAGAAGGCUGUUUCUUCUGCCCUGAGCCGGGAGAAGGAUCUCCUGGAGAAAAAUUUCAAGGAAGAAGUGAACAAGUUGGUGUGUGAGAGGGAGCAGCUGGAGAAGGAGCUGCGAGAGCUGAGGAGUGCUGCCCAGGAGCAGGAGGAAAAGAUGAAUGAGAAAAUAAACCAGCUCCAAAGUGACCAUGAAAAAGAGCUAAAGGAGAAAGAUGAACACAGAUCUGCAGUGGAGCAAAAUGGGAAACUGGUUAGGGAAAAGCUGGAGAGACUGGACAGUGAGUAUAAGCGAGAGAAAGAAGAGCUCAAUUCCAAACUUCUUGCUUUGGAGAGUUUAAACAGAGACAUUUGUGAAAGAGCAGAGACAGAAAAGGCUGAGAUGGGUUUGGAAAUCUCAGACCUCCGAGGGAAAAUACGGAAAUUGCAGUGGGAAACGCGGAGUUUUUCCGCCCUGCAGAGCCAUUACAGGGUGCUGGAGAGUGAGUAUGCAAAAGCUAAGAGCCAGAUCGCUGCUUUUCCUGGUGCAGCUCCUCUGGGAGAUGAAGGGGAUGUUCUCCAAAACCUGCAGAAGGUGCACGAGCAGGCGGUGAAGGAGAACGUCAGGAUGGCUGCCCAGAUCCUGAGGCUGCGGCACCGGCUGGAAGCAGCAGAGCAGGAGCUUCCGCAGCCUCCCGGCCCCAGCUGCUCCCACCCUGGCUCAGAACCAGAGGAAAUAGAUGCCAGUUUUGAAGGGCUGCCCAGUGAUUGUCAAGAUGUAGCUUUGGGGGCAGAUUUCAAUGUCCUUCCACCUCUGGAGGCUGGUGCUACAGACGUGGAAGAGAUGUCGGAGAUGGAUUGGGAUUUGGAGGAGGGAUGUGUGAAAUCCAGAGCUGGCGGCUGCCCUGAGGCACAGGGGUGUUGGAUCCAGGCAAGUCAAGCAGCUCUGGAUGCUGAUGACCACCAGGAUUGUGACCAGAACCUUUCUUGGGUGCCUCUGCCGCCAAAAAAGAGAGAUCUGGAGGAAGUUCCCAGGCCAAAAACGCUGCCCAGCGAUGUCAACCAGCAGAAGGUUCAUCUGCUAAAUCACAGAAUAGCUCCCAAAAAUAAAGGGUUUGUGUCUGAAGGCUUGAAGAUGGAGGUGGAGCUGGAGAGGGCUGAAGAAACGAGCGAAGCCUCUCUCCUGCUGGAUCACUCUCCUGGGGCAGCAAAUGGUGACCUGAGGAGCGUAAUAGCUCAACUUUGGAAAAGGAUGGAAGAGUUGGAAGACAGGUCCAUGGCACAGGCUGAACUUCUGUUGCUGCAAGAAGAAAUCCAGGUAGAAAAUGAGGAUCUGAAAGCUGAAGUGAUGCAGUUAAUUGAGAAAAAUGAAGUGCUGGAAGACAACCUGCGUAGGCUGAGAAGGCUUCGUCGCGAGCAAGAAGAGAGUGAGGCGGAAAGCGUCAAGUUUGAAGAGGAAAACGCCAAAUUUCUCGUGGAAGUUAAAGAAUUGGAAGAUGUUAAAGAGUUGGAAGAUGUCCAAGAACAAGACACUCAAGGAAAUGUGGAUGUGCCCACCACAAGAGGUGGGAAGCUGGAAGAGCGUCCCACUGCAUGGACGGGCCAGCGGGACAAGAAUUCCCAAAGCCGCAGCGCCGCGCCGCAAGCGGGAAGAGCGGGAAUGGAGGAGCCCAAGCCCCAGGUGAAGGAGGAAGCUCUGGGUGAUGCAGAGGAGAGGAAGGCAGUGACACAGGGCUUGCAGAGCACGUGCACCGAGCUGCAGCACAAGGUUGACCUGCUGAGGUGCGAGGCCGAGAAGCUCCGCGAGGAAAACGCUGUCCUGAAAAACGAAGUGACUUUAUUAAAUGAGGAAGGGAGUGCUUCCAGCCUGAAACUGCAGGAGCUGAAUGGAUCCAGGGAAGAGAUGAGGCAGAAGAUAGAGGCUGUGAGAAAAGAGAAAGUGGCUGUGCAGAAAAUGGUUGACAACCUGAAAAAGCAGGUGGCGGAUCUGAAGACCAGGAACCAACAGCUGGACUCUGAAAAUACAGAACUCAGCCAGAGGAACUCCAAAAACCAAGCAGAUGUGCAGGAUCUCAAUCAACAGCUGGCCAGGGUGCUCAAGCAAAAGGAAAGGGAAGAGGGGAAGUGUACCCUGGAAGAAUGGGAAAAGGAGAGGCUGCUGCUGAAAGAGGAACUGGAAAACUCCAAAAUAGAGUCGUCAAAUAUGGUGUCGUCUUUGGAGGUGGAGGUGUCAAAAAUGAAGGUUCAAGCUCAUCUCCUGGAGCAGGAGAACCACAUCCUGAAGCAGGAGCUGGAGAAGACAAAACAGCUGCCCAGAUGUCCUGAUCUCGCUGACCUUCAAAAUGAAGUUUCAAGUUUAAUCACUAAAAAUGAAAAGCUGCAGAAAGAGAAAGAAGCCCUGAGUGAGGAACUGAACAGAUGUAUUGAUAAGGUAGCUCAGGUCAGCUGCUUGGAGAGUGCCAUCAGCAGCUUGGAGCAGGAGCAGAAAUCCUGGGAGCAGCAGAGCCAGGCACUGAAAGCACAGCUCAGCCUCUCCCAGGACAAGGUUCAGAGCCUCAGUGAAACUCUGCAGAGCACCAACCUCCAAAUGUCCAGGCUGAAAUCCGACCUGCAGGUGACACAGCAGGAGAAGGAAACUCUGAAACAAGAAGUGAUGGCAUUGCACAAACAGCUGCAGAGCACCAGUGAAAAGAACCGGGUUCUGGAAGUGGCUGUGCCUCCCUCAGGGCUGCAGGACCAGCGGGGGCUGACCCACUGGGAUGAGCUGGAGCAGCCGGCGGAGCAGGAGCAGAGGCUGCUCAGGCAGGAGAACGAGAGGCUGCAGAGGGAAGUGCAGAGCACUAAAACAGACCUGGCUCACUCCAGGGAAAAGAUCCGACAGCUGGAAUCCACAAUCCUUUCCCUAAAACACCAAAAGCAUCAAAGCCAGUCAGGGAUUGUCAAAGCCAUAGAGCAGGAGAAGCUGAGCUUGAAGAGAGAGUGUGAACAGCUCCAGAAGGAGCUGUCAUCUGCAAACAGGAAGAUCAGUCAGAUGAAUUCUCUUGAGCGUGAACUGGAAACCAGCUCUGAAAAUGAAGGGCUGAGAAAAAAGCAAGUCAAGCUGGAUGAUCAGUUAAUGGAGAUGCUCCAGUCCGGGGGGAUGCAUAGCCAGAGCUCCCAGCUGCCAGGCUGUGCCAUGGUGCCCAGGGAACAAUUCCUGCAGCUCCAACAGCAGCUGCUGCAGGCAGAGAGGAGGAGUCAGCACCUCCAGGAAGAGCUCGAGAGCAGACCCUCGGCAACAAACAUGCAGCAGGGGGGUCAUGAGCAGCUUCUAAAAAUGAUGGAAGAGCGGAUGAUGGAUGUGGAGCAGAAAUUAAGGCUUGUGAAGAGGCUUCUCCAAGAUAAAGUAAAUCAGCUGAAAGAACAACUUUCCAAGAACACCAAGGCAGACGCGAUGGUCAAGGAUCUCUACGUGGAGAACGCGCAGCUGCUGAAGGCCCUGGAGGUGACGGAGCAGCGGCAGAAAACUGCAGAGAGGAAAAAUUAUUUACUGGAAGAGAAAAUUGCCAACCUCAACAGGAUAGUGAAGAACUUGGCUUCCCCCUCCUUCAGCCCAGCAGCGGAGAUCAGGUCAUAGCAAAGCUGGUCUGUGGCACAGCCCCCUGCACUUUACUGAAAUGGGAAUAUUUCAGCUUCUCACUGCGUUGCCUUUUUUUUAACUGAAUGAGUUUUAGUUACAAAUGCCUCCCCAGAGAGCUGGUUCCCAAACUGGACACUGCCAAAGGAGAGGUUUCUUGGUUCCCAAACUGCUAAAAUUAAUCAUCACUAUGUAAAAAAAGCCAAACUUGUAUUUUUCUAGGUUAACUUAUUUUGAUGCCUUGUGUUCCAUUUAAAAUCCAAAUUCUGAAUUUCCUGUACUGGAUCAUCUAGAUUGAAGCAAACUCAGAUUUAACAAUAUUUUCAGCUUUCUAAAAUACUUACUGCUCCAAACCUAGAAAAUGCUGAUGGGUCAAGUCUUCAACACUGUCAGCAGAAAUGUUAUUGAAGGCAAGACUUUGCUGCUGUGGGCUGUGUCCUGUAAACUGAUUCUGGUUUCUCUAAAGCAAUUAUUCAUUAGGCUUCAGGGUUGUUCUUCAUGGCUGUUUCUCUGCAGAGCUCAGAAAAAAAAAAAAAGAGGUUUAUUUAAAAUACAGAACUAGACUACUGCCUCCAACUAAGUGUGAUAUUUUAUCUGAAGAAAUUUCCCAGCUAGCAAAUAAAAACUAUUAUUUCCUUUUUCUUUUUUUUUUGUAAGCUGUGCUGCCAGACAAGUCUGAAUUGCAGGGGCCUUUGCUGGUUUUUUAUGUGGAAAUAAGUUAAAUAUGGAAAUAAGUUAAAGCAAGGAAGAGUCACUCAACAAAGAUGGGAGUUUUGUUUAUGUGAUCUGUAAAUUCAGUCAAGCAGUGCAGUGUAUUAAUUAAACAGCUGGCAGAAGAAUGAAGAGGGGCACUUGGAUGAUUUUGUCAGUGAGAUCCUGUUGUUGGAACCCUCAGGAACGUGGAGCUUUGCCAGGAAUGCAGCAUUUGUUCUGACCUGAGAAAUCAUUUGGAAAAGUCUUUGUCUUUUGUGUUAAUCCUUGUGCAGAAUCUGAGUCGUCAUUGGUCGUGAAAGAAACACAUUCAAUGUAAUCAUGAAGAACUCAGGGAAUAACAGCCUAAAUCAGCUAUCAAUGUUGGUAUUAAUGUCACCAGAGGGAGAUAAACACAACUUAGGGAAAGCAGGAUAAAGCAAGUUGGAUUUGGGUGAGUAUUUCCUUGGUGCUCCUUACCCAACAUGCAGAGGAGCAUCAAGGUUUGGGAUGAGAGAGGUGGUACCUCUGCCUGGAUCAGUGGAGAAAUGCAGAUUUUUUGGGAACACCUUCAAGACAGAGAAGCAGCUGGAUGAGAGCCUGCCUGCUGAAGGGUGUGGAAUGUUUGAAACUGGACCUCUUUAAAUGCAUGUAACUGAGGAAGGGGAGGAAGAGGGGUUUUGUCUCAGAGACUGCUGGCAAGCUGAUCAUUCUGUCAUGAGCCAAAAGUCCUCCAGAAAUUGGGGUAACAUUGCCUGCAAUGUGGAGGAACCUGUGGAAAAUGAGUUUUACUGUGUAGUGGUGUGGCUGAGAGGAUGUUCCCUGUGUCUCUGGGGUUGCUUACCAGUUUUGGAGGGUUUGUGGUCUGAACUAGACACAGGGUAUGACUUUUUCCUCCUCCUCUUCCUCCUCUUCCUCCUCCAUUGCUUUGUGCAGGCAACAAAGUGGAAAUGGAAAUAGAAUCAUGGGAGAGCAUCACAUUGGAGUCAUAAAUUAUUUCACUGCUGUACUCUUCAAAAUGCAUGUAGUGGAGAUUUCUCUGAGUCAUCCCAAAUUCAAGGAUUUGCAGAUUUUUUCAGAGGCUGCAAAAAUGUUUUCACAAACUGGAAAUAUCUUAAAUUGAUAGAAAUUUGAGGGUUUAAAAAGCUGAAGUAAUGGUUUCUUGCUACUUUUACUAUUCAUCACCAAGUGGUCUGAGUUACAAUAUAAUAAAUCUCUGUGUGGGUACCAGGGCUGUGUGUUGGCAAAGUGGGAACUGAGCACACCCUGAAUUUCCAUGCUGUGGAAAUUAGCAAAGUUCCAAAAUAAUUCCAGGAAACAAAAGAAAUGAGGUUCAGAACUGAAUUUGGAAAAAAAAUAUUAUCUAGUAUAUUUUAAGACUACUUCAUACCUUGACCUUGGUUUACUUGUGUCUGUGCCCAGUCCAAAAGGAAGGAAUGAAUGUUUCACUUAAAUUAUUGUGCAAUUACUUUCAUGUUGCUCAAUUUAAAGGCUGGAGACUACUUAACUAAUUCUUUUAAUCUCCUGGUAGUUACCAGGCUUUCAUAAAUCAAACAUGGACAUUGCUAGAGCACAGCACCAGGAAGGGAGAAGCAGAAAUAGGGAAAAGGGACUUUUGGCUUUUCCCUUUCUUCCCCUACCCUACCUUGCUCUAGUUCUCUUUCACUAAACUUCAAAAAAAAAAUCCAAUUACAGGAGAGAGGAGGGAGGAGGAAAACAUGCUGUUGGUAAAUACUUUUGAGGCAAAACUCCAGAUUAAUUCUCAGAAGUGCCUUUUGCCUUCCUGUACUGUACUGGCUGUGUUUGCAACAGGACAAUUCAGGACAAUCCUUUCCCAAAGGGAGGGAUCCCAGAGAAAGGCAGAGCUGCUUCCAGACGGGUGUCACGUUGCUCUUGAAUUCAUUGUGUCAGCUCAGAAGAGAAGCAGCUGUUCUACAACGUCCAGGCUACUGAAAAGAAGCAUAGAAACACAUAAUUUAUUAAGCAUUUAGGGGUGUUUUGUGCAUGAAUGUGUCUCCUAUGCAGAAUAGGCAAAAACCAAAGUAUUUAAUGUUAUUGUUGAAGUCAAAAAUCACUGAACUUUUAGGCCUUGUUCCUACAACAGGUCCUGCCAUGUCAGAUAUGAACUACUUCAAUACCAGAAGGGUGUUUUAAAUGUUUUCAACUCUUAACUUUAUGAAUCACUGUGAAAAUAAAGGCACAUAGACAUUUCAGGUUGGGGGUUUUGGAAGGGGACAGACCCCAAGCUAAAUACAGGUGUACAAAAUUCACACAAAAUAAUUUAGAAUUAUUUAAAAGUCUAUAUUGUGGCACGUUCCCCAAGUAGUAGUUUAAAUACAAGGAAAAUUGAGUUGUUUGAAUUCUGAUUGGGGAAAGAAAAAGGAUUGUAACAUAUUUGAUUUUAACCAGGUUAUGUGCUAGGUACAGCAGGGGGGGAACAGUCUGGAUUGAUCAAGAGUAAAAUCUUUCUGUUUAAUUCCAGCAAAUUCCAUCUCUGUCACUCAGGUUUUCCAUCAUUUACCUGUUCAGUCCCCUGUUUGGUGUCAUUUCAUGACAAAUGACUUCUGUAUAAAGAAAAACAAAUGUAUAUUUUUUUUUCUAUUGAGUUUGUUUUGUUCUGGUGUAAUAUAUUGUCCUUAGAACAUCAUGUAAAACGGAGAGAUGAAGCAUCUGACACAUUAUUUAUAAUGAGCAUAAAAAAUACAUUAAUGUAUGAUGCAUA